AUGAAAGAAAUAUUUCAGGAAUUUGUUGAUGGUCAUAAAGGAGGAUUGGACGGGUGGUUUGAUAGCAUUACAAAGCAAGCUCUUGAUUCGUUAGAUGAUCAUUUUGAUGAAAAGUUGAAAAAACAUGUCAUGAAUGUAUUAAACGAUAAAUUUAUGGAUACGUUCGGGAAGUGCGUUGAUGGUGCUUCUGCUGAACCCUACGCUGUCAUCUGUUAUGGAGAUUCGUGGAAUAAUAACAUCAUGUAUCGAUGUGAGAAUGGAAUCGCCGUCGAAGUUCGUUUGUUAGAUUGGCAAGUCAUGAGAUACGCUUCACCG